AUGAAGGUUUCUGCCCUCCUCGUCGGCGUUGUCGCCCAGGUGGCCUCUGCCCAUUACUUCUUCGACUCGACCUUCGUCAACGGUGCCGCUGGCCCGUCUUUCAAGUACAUCCGCGACUUCACCCGCCCGACCAAGUACAACCCGAUCAAGUUCUCGUCCAACCCUGCUGCGGACAUCCGUGACAACUCUUUUGUCGAUGGCCCCGAUAUCAGGUGCAACCAGGGUGCCUUCACCUCCGCUGGCAAGACUGAGGUUCUGAGUGUCAACGCCGGUUCCGAGGUCAAGGUCCGCCUUGGCGUUGGCGCCAAGAUGCAGCACCCUGGUCCUGCUUUGGUGUACAUGUCCCGCGCCCCUAACGACAACGUCAAGGCCUACGACGGCUCAGGUGACUGGUUCAAGGUGGCCCAGGAGGGUGUCUGCAACAAGGGCGCCGACUUCACCACGACCGCCUGGUGCACCUACAACAAGGACACCAUCGCUGCCACCAUCCCCAAGGACACCCCCAGUGGAGAGUACCUCAUGCGCUUUGAGCACAUCGGUGUCCACCGCUCCCACGUCAACCAGCCCGAGCACUACGUCUCUUGCGUGCAGGUCAAGGUCACCGGUGGAGGCUCCGGCACCCCCGGCCCCACCGUCAAGUUCCCCGGCGCUUACAAGGCCACCGACGCCUACGCCAAGUUCAACAUCUACGGCGGCGUCAAGGACUUCCCCUUCCCCGGCCCUGCUGUCUGGAACGGCGGUAGCUCUGGUUCUAACACCAAGCCCGUCGCUGCCGCCGAAACCCCUGCUGCUGCCGCUCCGGCUACCCCUGCUGCUAAUGCCAACUGCGCCAGUCUCUACGGACAGUGCGGUGGCAAGACCUUCAAGGGUUCCAACUGCUGCUCCAAGGGCUCUUGCAAGGUCAUCAACGAGUGGUACUCUCAGUGCGCUUAG